CGCCCUGCCGCAUGCCCACAAACCUACAGAGGCCUGCUGGUCUCGUCGAAAAUCUCGAUUUAUUUUUAUUCUUCUUCAUUCUCCUCACACAGGGAUGGCCUAGUCGCGGCAAGGCUCUCACUCCAAACCCUCAAGCAACGCCUAAGCUUAUUGGGCUCUCUCACAGCACGUCGCCACAAUCGUCGGGAAACUCACGCUUGAGCGAGGCGCUGCCGCUCCCGCCUCUCUAUGUCGACCAACGCAACCGCCGGUGGCAUGGGCCCGGGCGAGGGCAUCCUCGACGGCGUCAACGCUACCCUCAACGGCAACGGCACCGACUCCGCCUCGUCCGCCUUUAGCCUCCUGCGCGACCUCGACUUCAUGAUGCUCGAGCUCAAGCUUGUCACCGGCGCUAUGGGAAUCAUCUACCUCGGCGCGCAUGCCGCUCUGCGUCGCCCGCCCUCGGCCUCCCCCGCCAAGUCCAAGAGGUCCCGCGGCGACGGCCGUGAGGACGAGGGCGAGGAUGAGGAUGAGGACGAAGAUCGCUUCUCGCAGGGCCUUGAGCUCACCGACGCCAUCGUCUUUCCGCUCGUCGCCGGCGUCAUCCUCGUCGGCCUGUACUACCUCAUCCAGUGGCUCAAGGACCCGGCCAUGCUCAACAGGAUCCUGCGCUGGUACAUGUCCACCAUGUCCAUCGCCAGCUUGCUGACGCUGUACGCCCACGCCAUGGAGCUCGCCACCUCCUUUGUCUUCCCCCGCUACUGGCGCGCCCGGGACGGUGUCCUGAGAAAAGUCGUGCAGCGCGCUCGGGCCGUCGCGCUGUGCGACGACGUGGGAAAUGUGGUCGAGGGGCGCAACGCCGCGACCGAGUCCAACCCCCUACCCGGCCUGCUGGCGGUGCUGGCCUGGUCCGACGGGGCCAAGAGCGCGGCCUGGGAGCUGCGAAGCCUGCUCACGAGGCAUUGGGUCGUCAGGUUCUUCGUCCAUGGCGUCGUCGGCAAGCAAAAGGCCAAGAUCAAGUUUGCCCACAUGAUGUCCCUGUUGCUGGCGCUGGCAACGGCCCUCGUCUACUUUUCGACCUCGUCGCCGUUGCUGUCCAACAUGCUCGGGUACGGCAUGUGCUACGGCUCGUUCCUGGUUCUUUCGCCGACCGACUUUCUCAUCGGGUCUCUGGUCCUCACUGGCCUGUUCUUUUACGACAUUUACAUGGUCUUCUUCACGCCAUACAUGGUCACAGUCGCCACCAAGCUGGACGUGCCUAUCAAGCUCACCUUCCAGGCUGUCACGAGGAAGAGCAUCCUGGGUCUCGGCGACAUCGUUAUCCCCGGCAUGGUCAUCGGCUGGGCUUUGCGCCUUGACCUAUGGAUGUACUACCUGCGCAAGGUCAAGUACGAGUCGACGGAUCUCAAAAUCGUCGAAAAGGACGCCGUUUCGGGCGAGCUGGUGACGCGCAGCGAGACCAAGCACCGCGAGAUCAAGCCGCGGUACGUCAACGUCAAGGCUUGGUGGGGGGAGAAGCUCUGGACGCGGGGCACCUUGUUCGUCACGGGAGCACGGCAGGUCCCGGCGGACCUAGCGGCGGUCAGCUUCCCAAAGACGUACUUUUACGCGUCCAUGGUCGGGUACGCGCUGGGCAUGAUGGCGACCCUGGCCAUGUUGAUCGUCUUCAAGCAGGGCCAGCCGGCGCUGCUGUACCUGGUCCCCGGCGUGCUAGGAUCUCUGGUCGUCACGGCCCUCGCGCGCGGCGAGAUGAGGGACAUGUGGACGUACACCGAGGACGGGACACUUGACACGGCGGACGUAGUCGUGGACCUGGACGGCGAGGGCAGGGCCAUCAAGCGGAUCGGCAAGCUGGAGAACGGCGUCGUCGACACCACCAAAGAGGACGCCGGCGGCGACGCCAAGGACGGCAAGAGCAGCGACAAGGCCAAGGAUGGCAAGCCCUCCGACGCCACAGAAAGAGGCGGAAGGGGAAGGAAGGGGCAUCGGGUGUUUUUGCUGUCGGUCGACGCGCCGUCCGAUGGGGAGUACGAGGAUUAGGUGCCGCCACACGCCGCCGCGCGCGUGGCAUAGAGGGCUGUCCAUAGGGAUGAUGCAUGUAGAUGGAAUAGACCAUAGAACACGGAGACUCGGAUUGAGCGGCA